AUGGCAACAGCAAUAAACACAGUUACAAAAACAGCAUCAGUUGUAAAAACUACAAAAGGAAGUGAAAAAAAAUGGUCGGAAAUUUUAUCCAUGAAUCGUCGUCAUGAUUUACAAUUACCAAUUGAUAUAGCUAAAUAUGAUCAAGACUUAAAACGUACAUAUAAUUCACAUCAACGUCAUAAAUAUCAAGCUGAACGUAUAUGGGCUAAUAAACAUGAAACAUGGUAUCAUGAUGAUUUCUUAUUUCGUACUCAUUUACUUAAACAAUUAAAACCAAUAACAAGACGUUUUAAACAUAUUGAUUCAUUAUCAUUAGACGACAAUCAAGAUCAACAACAACAACAAAAUCAAAUAUUAAAUGAGGAUGAAGUGGAAGUUUUAUCACCGACAACAUCAAUAAUAGAAAAAAAAGAAAAUCCUACUAAAGAAUUACCACCAAUAAAACAAAACAAGAAACGUUCAAGUAUUCGACAUUUUCAAAACUAUGCCAAUGAAGAAACUCGUCCACCAAAUAUUGUUUUAUCCAAAUUGGUUUGUUCAAAAGUAUUAAAUGAAUAUGAACCAAGACUUUAUUCUCAUGCUCAUGCAUCAUUUUUAGAUGUAGCACAACGUUUCCUUAAACAUAAACCUGAGUCAAUUGAAAAACGUGUUGAUCAUAAAAUGAAACAACAACAACAAAAACAAUAUUUCAAAGUACUAAUUGAUAAUGAAAAAGAACGAACAAGAUUAGCUACUAUCAAAUUUCAACAACAAUUACAAGAAGAUAAAGAUAAAGAAAAUAAUUAUGAUGAUCAUGAUGAUGAUGAUGAUAAUGACAGUUUCUAUACAAGACCUUUUUAA